AUGGCCCAAGACUUGAAAGGAGGCGAGUACAUCGAUACAAUGAGUGACUUGAAGGGUGGAGAACUACUGACUCUGCCAAAGGACGGCACCAAGUUUUAUGUUAAAACCUGGAAAUGUACCGGAACUCCUAUUGCUGUUGUCUACCACUUUCACGGAAUGGGCGAGCACAUUAAUCGAUACGAGCACGUCUUUUCAGCCUUCGCUCAAGCUGGAUUCGAAGUCAAGGGGUUGGACUUCAUGGGACAUGGACGAACUCAAGUCGUCAACAAUUCAGUUAAAGGGGCGACUGACUUUGAAACAGUCUUUGCUCAAAUGGACAUGCUCGUGUUUGGAACUGAACACAAUCUGCCAGUUUUCUUAAUGGGUCACAGUUUGGGUGGAUUGCUCGUAUUGGCUUAUGCUCAAUCGCGUGGGCCUCGAAUUCCAAAUCUUCGUGGUGUUAUUUGUCAAGCACCUGCCCUGAAGGUCAUUCCACUACCACUCGGCAUCUUAGCCAAAGGUCUAGGUGGAAACGUAUUAAAACACUUGCAAGCUGCAAAUGGCAGAUCCACUGGUGCACCCAAAGUGACUGGUAAGACAUUUAAAGGCGUAGUAUCAUGCCAAGCCAAAUUACUAGCCAACGCUGCAAGCUUCAAGUACUCAAUCAUUAUAUGUCAUUCUCCUGCUGACAAGCUGACUGGAAUUAAGGGGUCUGAGGCUUUCAGCGCCAAAGUUGGAAGGACAAACAAGAUCUUUGAAAAGACGGAGGAGGUUUCAUGA